GAGAGAGAAAAAGCUUAUUAAAAAAAAAGCUGAAAGCUUAAAAGCUGAAAGAAGGCUGAUUAUAUAACCGAAAGAAAAAGCCUUUUUUAUUAUUAUUUUUCUUUGCCCCAUGGUUGUAGCUGUAUAUUCUGUCGUCCCCUCAUCUAACUUCUACCCAAAAUUUUCCAUUUGUUUUUCAUGUUCAAGUUUCAGAACUUGAUAGAAUUUAUUCUGGGUUUUUGGCCUUGUGUUUCAUAGAAUUACAUUAUCACUUAUCUAUAAGCAAUUAUACAUGUUAAGUAGCAAUAAUCCCUCUUAUUCUUCGGAGCCAUUUGCUUCUUCAGAAAAUGAAAACAGUAGUAAAAGAAAAAGAAGGCCAGCAGGAACCCCAGAUCCAGAUGCAGAAGUUGUAUCUCUUUCACCAAAAACCCUAUUGGAAUCAGAUCGAUAUGUAUGUGAGAUCUGCAAUCAAGGGUUCCAAAGAGAUCAAAAUUUACAGAUGCAUAGAAGAAGACACAAAGUACCUUGGAAACUGCUAAAGAGGGAGACACCAAUAGCAAAGAAGAGAGUGUUCGUGUGCCCCGAGCCUAGCUGUUUGCAUCAUGAUCCUUGCCAUGCUUUAGGUGAUCUUGUGGGAAUCAAAAAACAUUUCAGAAGAAAACAUAGUAAUCAUAAACAGUGGGUUUGUGAUAAAUGUUCAAAGGGAUAUGCAGUUCAAUCUGAUUACAAGGCACAUCUCAAGACUUGUGGAACUAGAGGACAUUCUUGUGACUGUGGCCGUGUCUUUUCAAGGGUGGAGAGUUUCAUUGAACAUCAAGAUACUUGCAGCAUGGGGCGUCUCAGAUCAGAAUCACACAAUAAUUUACAGCCUGCUGCAUGUUUAUCUCGAACAGCAUCAAGCCCCAGUCCCUCCAGUGACACCAAUGUCGCUCCAAUAUUUUCUGCGCCUCUAUCUUUACCAAAUCGGAAAAUGGAAAACAGUUUCUUGAACCCCUCUGCAGGUAAUUCCAGUAAAAAUUUCAAGAAUUCCAGGCCACCAAAUUUAGAGCUCCAGCUCUUAACCAAAAUGGAUGAAAAUCAGUCAACUCAACUUCAACUCUCUAUCGGGUCAUCAGAAAUCAGUGAAAAAACCGAAAUGGAUAAUGCAUAUAUUUGCAGCAGUGAGAAGCAAAACAUGGCUGUUGCGGCGCCACAAUCGAGACGAAUGAAAGAACAGGCAGAUGACCAGCUAAGGUUGGCCAUGGCUGAGAAGGCUUAUGCCGAAGAUGCAAGGCAACAGGCCAAGGGACAGAUUGAAUUGGCAGAACAAGAAUUUGCCAAUGCAAAAAGAAUCAGACAACAAGCACGGGCAGAAUUAGAGAAAGCACUGGCCUUGAAACAACAUGCUAUAAAUCAAAUCAAUUCAACUACAUUACAAGUUACUUGCCAGGCUUGUAAGCAGCAGUUUCAAGCUUCACGUACAGUUACAGAAACACUGUCUCCCAACGGAAAUUCACUUGGAUGGAGUUACAUAUCAUCUGGUUUAAGAGAGUGGGAUAUCAAGAGAGGUGAUCAAACUGAUAACUGAUCAUCUAAUUAUUAAAGAUUGUUGUAUUCAAGAUAAUUUAGUUUUUGUUUUGUAUUCAAGACUUUUAGAGCUUGAUUAUUGCAAAAUAUAAUGUGAAUGUGGUUUCCCCCUCAUUUUUCUGUAAAAGAAUAUGAGGUUACUUGGUAUUA